AUGGAUAUAGAUAGUGAAAUUGAAGCUAUUGGUGAAACUCCUUCAACAUUUGUUCCUUCACUUCCACCAUCAUGUUUAGGGAAGAGAAAAAAUAGAAAACCUUCGGAUGUGUGGGAACACUUUACAGUUAUAGGGAAUUCAAAUGCAGAAGAUGUUAGGUGUGCGUGCACCUAUUGUGGGCAGGAUUAUGCUUGUGGGGCUAGAAAGUAUGGAACUAGUACCUUGAGGAAUCAUUUGGUUCUUUAUUAUACUUGUGAAGAUAUCGAGGACGAUAAUUUUGAUGUUCUUAAUUGGUGGAAAGUUAAAGAAAACAAAUAUGGUACAUUGUCAAAACUUGCAAGAGAUGUAAUGGCUAUUCAAGUGCCUACGGUGGUUUCAGAAAUUGCUUUCAGUACUGGAGGAAGAAUUCUUAAUCCAUUUCGUAGUUCUUUAACUCGUAUGAUGGUGGAAGUUUUG